UUCUUCUUCGACUGUCAUAGGUGCAAAGUGCCCUGAUGUCCUCCGUGGAGAAUUACGAAGUCGCGUUCAUCUGUGUGGCUCCCCCUCAUCCUUAGGAACUUGCUUUUUUGACCCUCAGUUUUUCCUCAAGGAGGUUCCCCUUGAGGUUCAGGGAGUUAGAUGAGAUGACUGUAAAGCUCUGAGCACAGCAUAAGGCAGAGAUUUAAAGUCAUUUGGUGAACCAGGCUCUGCAUUCUCCGGAAAGAAUUUUCAACACGGUGGCUUGAAUGGGGUGUCAGCAUGGAAGCCGUGAGUGAGAAUAAAAUGGUGUCGUCUGAGUUUAGCACAGGACCUGUGGAAAAAGCUGCUAAACCUUUGCCAUUUAAGGAUCCCAACUUUGUGCACUCUGGCCAUGGUGGUGCAAUAGCUGGCAAGAAGAACAGAACCUGGAAGAACCUGAAACAAAUUCUCGCUGCUGAAAGGGCAUUGCCUUGGCAACUGAACGAUCCUAACUACUUCAGUAUUGAUGCUCCUCCAUCCUUUAAACCAGCUAAGAAGUAUUCUGAUGUUUCAGGCCUUCUUGCCAACUACACAGACCCACAGAGCAAACUGCGAUUCAGCACCAUUGAAGAAUUUUCCUACAUUCGGAGGCUGCCCUCUGACGUCAUCACUGGCUACCUGGCCCUAAGAAAGGCCACUAGCAUUGUUCCCUGAGCCUGAGAAAUGGAGACAAAGUGGAAACUCUUUUAAAGGUGGUCUUGGGACUCAUGAUUUUGUUUCGUGGAAACAAACUUAUUCUGCUGUCAAUCUGAAAAUGUCAGUUCUGUGCCUUGGAAAGAAUGUUUGGCUUUAACUUAGGAGUUUUUUCUGUGUUUUCCCUCCAAGUGUGAUAUUUCCUGUUGAAUUAAAUUAUACUUCAGUUAUUGCCUCAAGUAAAAUUGCUUGACAAGAAAAUAUAAUAACACUGUGCUUUUUAUUUAACCCAAGAAAGUCCCCAAAUUUUUGUUUCCAACUUGUGAACUCUUGUCUAAAAUUUAAAGACUCUACAGUGAAUCCACAACAGGUCUGCAUUAUUCUUGAUCCCAGUGGCUCCCUUUAAGAGCAUGUUAGUCCUUCCCUUGGAUCAGAAUGCUUGGAAGAGGGCCAAAUUGAAAACAGAGAAGAAAGAACUGAGCAACUCAUCCUGUUCCACUGGGCCAGCCCUGGUCCUGUGACUCAGCUUCUCUCCCUCUCUGGAAAUGUGGGAAUCAACAGUGGCACUCUCUGUCUGAAAAGGAGUCUUGUGUUGGUACAGAACUGUUGUGGUUUAAAUAUGAAGUAUCUCAUGUAUUAGAAGCAUGCUCCUUGACCUGGUUAAGAUCUAGAUGUCCCCUCCAAUCUCAUGUAUUCAGAGAUGAGGCUUUUGUUUUUUCCACUU